GCCCCGCGCGCAACGGAACGCCCAAGCCACGCGCCCUUCCGCCCACCUUUUCUCUUCUUUUUUACUCGCCUGCCCUUGCGCGAGCCAGAGCAGAGAACCGCGAGGAGAUUCUGGCUGACCAGCAUCCACCUUUCUCCGAUCCGUUGCAGCAGCUCGAGGGGAGGAAGACGUUUUUGGGGGGCCAAAGAAAGGUAUGGUCGCCAUGGGGAGCGGAAACGUCUCCGCCGCCACCGUCAGCGACGGCUCAGCCGAGAAGAUCGUGCGCGGGCCUGUCUCGGACAACAAGUGCAAGAAGAAGGCCCCCAGGAAGAUCCACAAGGCCGAGAGGGAGAAGCAUAAGCGCGACAAGCUUAAUGAUCUCUUCGGUGACCUCGGCAAUAUGCUAGAAGCAGAUAGGCAGAACAAUGGGAAAGCAUGCAUAUUGACUGACACCACUCGAAUACUUCGAGAUCUGCUUUCUCAACUAGAAUCUCUCCGAAAGGAAAAUAGCACCCUGCUAAACGAAUCUCAUUAUGUUACAAUGGAGAGGGACGAGCUGCAGGAUGAGAACAGUGUGCUCCGCAACGAGAUUUUGGAGCUACAAAACGAGCUGGCGAUGCAGGUUGCGAGCAAUCAAGGUUGGGGCCAUGGCGCUACUACUGGGUCGCCUCUCCCAGUUUCUCACGCUACAAGCACAGUUUUCCCGGCGCAGCAGCCACCCAGCAUCACGGGCGCAGUAUUCCCCUUGCAACAGCUAACAGCCAUUGCGCAAUCCUAUGCCGCACCACCACGGGAACUCAAGCUCUUCCCAGAUGCGGCAUCUGUGGAAGGCCUUGAACAAUCAGAACACCAGGAGGCCUUGAACCAUGUUGCUCGGCCGCAGGCAAGGUACCCAACCGAGUCAGCAUCUUGGCCUGUAAGCCUGGGCCUUCCUAGGAUGGAAGAUGAACAGUGUAGCAGUAGCACAACCGGCAGUAGCAAGGAAGCAAGUUCAGGUAGUGACUGAGCAGACCAGCUCCAACCAAUCAUGAAGUUUGUCUUUGAGCGUAGUGAAUAUACUACACAGCUGAAGCCUGGCUGCCUGUGCAUGUAAAUACCAGGCUCUAUUUUGGAUUUCGCAAUGUUAGAUGAGAUUACCCUCUAAUGGGAAUAGUAUCUUUUUCGUGGGAAAGUCUAAUACUUCCUCGGUCCAAAGAUAUUUCAACUUUCACUAAAUUUGAAUGCAUCUAUACACUAAGUCAUGUCUAGAUA